AUGCCUGGCGGGCCUGGCCUCACUGCCGCUGAUCACAUACUCUGGGCCCAGAGGAUUCAGAAGGAGGAGAUCAAUGCGAAAUCUCGUCCGGAUGGCUUUUCUGUCCGAGCGGCAGUCAGCGUGCCAGGGGUACCUACCAAGUUCAAGCCCGGCCACAUGGAUCCACGGGAGGCUUCAGGCUCUGGCUUCAACCCUGCUGCUGUAGGUUGGGACCCAGGUGGCACUAUGACUGCAGAGUUCCGCCGGUGCAUGAACCAACAAAGCGCCGGGCCACGGGAGCGACAUUUGUUUCCGGAGACCUGCCAACAAGAGAUUGGAUGGAUGCAGGGCCAGUGCGGCAAGCCUGCACAAAGAAGUGCACCGGCAGGGAGCAAGCCAACGCGCUUGGGGGUGGGCUGGUUGAUGAAGGACGGCCAUGGUGGCCCAAUCAACAAGCUUGCAGCAGAGCGGGCCAAGGAUGUCCUAACAGACCAGGGCUCAGAAUCGCAGCCUUCGCGAAUGCGGAAGUCCAAAGAUGGCAAUGUGAGAGAAGAACUUGGAGUGCCGCCGUAUGCUACCAGCAUCCCUUGUGCUGUGUGGGAGGACACUCCUCCUCCUCCUCCUCCCCGUCCCGUUCAUCCCAGAUCUCGAGGGACGCGAAGUCAGUCUCGGAUCUCGGCGACCCGCAAGCGACUGCAGCGAACUGGCUCCAUGCCAACGUUGCCAGAUCCGUGCAGGCAAUUUGCAGCCCAAGAGCAUGCCUUGGGGCAGGCCAUGGACCGAAGUCGCCACUUCCUCAACUGUCCGUCCAACAGGUGGUAUAAGCCACUCAGCAACUCCGAUGUCGCCAAGUUCGCCGACGCGUACACGAAGGCAUUUGGAGUCGGCCUGUAUGCCAAAGGGAUAAAGAGGCAGGCAAAGGCUGUUGCCGAGCUGGAGACGCCUUUUGAACGCAACCUGCGAGAGGCCACAUCAAACAAAAGAUGGGGGUGCCCCAACAGCGUACUGCAUGAGCUAGCAAUCGAUGCCCAGACAUACAAGUUUCGACAGAAAAUCAUGGCCCGCUCUUUUGAGAAUUUGAAUGGGAACCAAGACAAGUGGCGUCGAAUUUUAAAAACUUUGAUCCUGUUAGAGUAUUUGGUCAAGAACGGCAGCGAAAGCAUCGCCGAUGAAUUGCGCGGAGAGCAGUUGACCUUCCGCCGACUCGCCAACUUCCAGUGCAAGGAUGAAGGCCAAGAUCGAGGUAGCGGCGUGCGAGAGAAGGCUGAAGCACUCGUCAAGCUUCUGAAUGACAAGGACUUUCUGAAGCUCGAGCGCGAGCAGGCGAAGCUGCACCACACCAAAUUGACGGGCGGUGGACCGACUGCUAUUGUCGGCGGGCGCGGCAGCCAAUCGACGACUGCAACUUCAUCUGUCAGUUCAGUCCUGGGUGAUGCCCUGAACGAGCUCAGACCAGGAAAUGAUUCCCGCACAUUGUCUUCUUCCCAAGCUGCGGAGCUGGAACGGCGCUUCAACAGGCUAAAAGAAGAGCAGCUCGCUGAAAGAGUUGCACGAGAGCGCAACUUCAAGACUGAGGGGCGUGCUCCACCCCAAGAUGCAGCCGAGCGCGUGGAGGGCGGCGACGGGCGGCCACGAGAAGAUCGUUAUGGUCUGUUCGACCCCAGCUUCGCCCCACAGGAUUGUGACUCCGAUUCUGACGCAAGUCCGUCAAGACCCACAAGUGCAAAGGCCCAAACAGGCGUAGACUUGUUGGACAUGGAUGCGGAUGAUGCGAGGCAACUGAGCGAGGGGCCUCCACGAUCCGCCCCUGCACAGAAUGACUUCGAUUCUGGGGCCCAAGAGGCUCGAGAUGUCGAGGACUGGACAAAUUUCUGCACACCGUUUGCUGGGCAGACAUAUUUUUCUGAACAAGCUCCGGCUGCAGAACACAGAGUGGACGUGGCCAGUCUGAUGGAUCUCACUAGUUCCACGUCAACACCUUCUACAUCACCGUUGGAUCCAAGUUUUCAUGCACAAAGAGGUGCCGAACAAGAUCCUUUUGAAGGCAUGGAGUUCAAGUCAGCUGUAGCCAGCUUUGGACAAAGUGACAAGGACGCUACACCAGGCCAACGUCCAGCGAUGGGGUACGCAAAUGGAGACUCCAGCGUGCCCAUAUUCAAAGGUGAGCCUGCAGGACAAGCACCUCUGUCCGGGACGUUUCUGGAUGGCAUGGGAGUUGCUGUCGACAUGUUGAGUUUCGACGAGGACAUGCCCGGCAAGAAUGUGAAAGAGCAGAAGCCUUUAGAUCCCUUGGCAAGCCUGGAUGUGUUGCAAGGCGGCCAACAACCACGCUGA